UGGCGGGGACGGGCGCUGCAUGUGGCGCACGGGCUACAACAAAAUGUCCGCCAGCGCUAGUCUGUGUCUCCAGACUACAGCUUUUCUCUAGUGCGCGGAAACUGUGUGACUGGAGAUGCGUUCCCGCUGUAUGGGCUUCCUGCUCAUGCUGCUGUCAUUGAUGAGUGUAGUUUGCGCUGUAGUCUCCUCAUAGUCCCCCUCCACCCCGGCCUGUGUGAGCGGUGGGGAUGUCCGGGCCCCUGUCCUCCGUGCUGGGCGGGAACCUCCAGGCCCCUGUGCAGUGCUCCAGCUCUUGGCUGUGUCAGGCGGACCUGGCUGCUGUGCUGAUCGUGUCGGCACCGGACACUGCAGCGCUGGAUGAGGCUGCUGCCGCCACAAGAGAGAACCUUAUACUUUUGGAUCCACCGUCUCCGUCACAAGUGGACACCCCAUGUAGCUUGUCAUUGUGCUGUGUUGCACAGGGGAAAGAUAGAAUACUGAAUGUUAGUAUCUGCAGUGAAGCAAGGACCAUCGAGGUUUACAGUGGUUCCCAAGAUGGCCAGGAAGACGAGUACUUGGGAACCAGCCGAGGAGAGAAGUUUUGCACCCUUGCCAGCAGUGGAGAAGACAGUCCUGUCACAUUGUACAAAGCUCAGCUGAAGCUGGAUUUCCCUGUGCCAUCCUGUAAAGUCAAGCUGCUUUCGCUUGGCGGAAAACACAGCGUAUCUGUGAGUGAGAUCUGUGUACAAGUGACCUCCGUCCCUGAAAGGUGUUCCCAAGCCUCAUCCGUCCUGGGGCCGUCAAUUAAUUUGGAACGUGUGCAGAGUAUUAUGGACAGUAUGGGUGGGAAAAUGUCACCUGGCGCAGAGGAGCUCAUGACCAUGAUGCGUGCUCAGCAGAAGCACCAAGCUCCAUUUAGCGCUCAUUUACUGCAGCUGUUUGGCAGCUUUGCGCCCGGCAGAGAUCAGAAGAAAGAGGAUGUUGGACAACACGCCCCUCAGUCCAGCCAAGCUCCAGAUACAAGAGAGGAGACUGCACAGAAUCAGGCCUCCACACCUCAUACCUCGUUUCAACAGCUGUCAAGCUCUCAAAGUGAUUUAGGGUCGAUUAUGUCAUCGGUACUGCAGGCUCAGAUGGGCCAGACUCCAAAUUGCCAUAGCCCUGACUCCUUACUGCCCCUCCUACGCAACCUUUGUGGGGAGAAGAAGCCGCGCGGAGAGAUCAGACAGGAAUCCUGUUCAGCACCAAGGGAAGAGAAGGUGGAUCCGGCUUUGGAGAAACUGCUUUCGGUACACAUGGAGCGUAUGGAGAGGACCCUCUUGGAUCACAUUGAUCACAGGAUGAAGACUUUGCAGGAGCACCUGGACGCUAGACUAGACCGGUUAAUGAACUUAGUAGAGAGCAGCAGCAGCUCUGAGUCUUCGUCCAGGAACACAGCGGAGAAGAUGGUGAAUGGGCAGUUGGAGCACAGACAUGAGCAGGACUGGGACAUGCAUUGAUUCCAGGCCGUUCUCUCUGCCGAGUCAUCCUGUCCUUUAUUGUUGUAGCAGCUGUACUCAGGAUGUAGCAUCCUUGUUCUUAUGACCAAUGUAACAACCUCCGCUUACUUGGAAUCCACACAACAGAGGAGACUUGUUUCCCACUGGUUGCUGUUGCUCUAACCACAGAAAACGUUGACCAAUGCAAGAAAGGUUCUGGCAUGUAACUGCAAAUGUGUUAUCGGUGCUGUAGCAUUUAGUAUAUAUGUUAAUGAAUACGCUCUACCAGCUGCUGACAUCCUCAGUCCUCUGCUUACGGUGUGCAUUGCCGUCAUGCUGCACAUCAGGACUAUGGGGCAGAAGUAUUAACCUGGAGAAGGCAUAAGGAAGUGACAAACCAAUGAUAAGU